AAGAACACUUCAAAGGCUGAAGACACGGAAGUGACAUUCGUGUACGGGAAGUUUAUGCGCUUCCCGGGUGUGGUGCAUGAAUGAGGGAAACCAUGUAAAGAGUGAUUUCAGCAAGUCUUGCCGCUAUAUACGGUGUGAAAAAAUGUAAUCAGUGAAUUUAUCAGUUAUAAAUAUAUGUUUCACGUUGUGUUGUUUCCAAGAGAUUCCUUCAUGGAAAACGACACGUUCUUGCAACACCUGUGAAAAAAUAACAAAGCGACUAAUAAUUUAGAAAUACAUGUAUUCGGAUAGAAAUUAAAAUAUUCACGAAAAAGGUUUCUUUUCAAAUUGUAGGCUUUUUGAGAGCUAUAUAUAGUUUAUGGAGACCGCAAGACUCGGCUUGCUUCAAAAUUGGAUAUUAUGUUAUUGUUAAUUGAACUUUUCUAUAAAUUUAAUAUAGUAUACACAAUGAACAAUAUGAUUUCCAAUAUGACCCCCACGUUAUCGCAAAAGUGAUUAGAUGAUAGAUCUACGAUCUACCCGUACUUCGCAAUAAUUUACACGUGACUACAACACAUUUGUGGGCGUUGUCACAGCAAACCAUACGUCAUUCUCUACAUUCGGAAUACUUCUAAUUUUAUCAACUCCAAAAUGAAAAUCCCCGAGGUGAACGUAAAUAUUAUGAGCGACUAGGUUAGGGCUGCCUUUGACUCUCUGCUUGUUCCCGCAAAAGUAUGCCCAGUCUACCCGCCAUAGCCCCGUUUUUGGGCGACACAAGUCGCUUGAUAUCUUACCGAAAGUUUAGCGAAGCUUCGGCCGUUGGAUUUUUGUCGGCGAUCUUAUUCGUCGUGUUUUCUGAGCCACUGAAGACCUACGUUGAUUUUGGAGAGAAAUGGAUGAGCUUGUCGGGACUGCCCUACCAGAUGAACACGGCAAUGCUGGGGUUUAUCGUGGGGUUUGGAUUUGUGAAAAUUUUCUUUCUGAUGAGAAUCCAGUUAUUCCGUAUGCUACUGAAUUAUCAAGGCUGGAUGACCAAUCCCAAAAGCAUGGCCACUAAGAUGUGGGCAUUGAUGCUAAAUGCAUUACGAGGUAAUGGCCAUUAUCCGACCUACUUCUUCCAACCAAUGCUGCCCAAGCUCCCAGUGCCCAAUCUGAACGUCACCUUAGACAGGUACCUAGCAUCCAUGAAGCCGAUUCUGUCUGAUGAGGACUACAUGAAUUUGACCACAGCAGUGUUGGCAUUUAAAGAAAAGGAUGGACCAAUUUUACACAAAUACCUAUGUGAGAGGGCUGCGACUAAAAACAACUGGCUGAUCGAUUACUGGCAGGAUUUUGCUUACCUCGUCAGCAGGGAACCGUGUGCAGUGAAAGUGAACUGUUAUGCCACUGAUCGCAAAGACUUGCCUACGAAUAACCAGAUUGCCCGUGCGGCUAACCUGAUCCACUUUGUACUAAGAUUCCAUGAACAACUUCAGGAUGAGACUUUGACACCUCAGUACCUACAAGACAUGAUUCCUAUGUGUAUGGAGGGAUAUAGGCAGCAGUUUUCUACGACCAGGAUACCUUAUGAUACCAUAGAUAGACUGAUGAUUUACGAGGAGUCCAAACAUAUCAUUAUAUAUAGAAAUGGUGUAUACUACCAGCUUGACGUUUUUGCCCCAGACAGUGAUGGGAAGAAAAAAUUACUGACUGUCACGGAACUACACGACAUUCUGUCAGAGAUAGUAUGUCAAACAGAAGAGGUUGAAGAGCCAUCUCGCAUUGCUGUGUUCACAUCAGAGAGAAGAGACACAUGGGCAAAGGUGAGACAGAGACUCCUAACUACCAGUAACAGACAGAGUUUGGAAGCUGUGGAGUCGGCCAUUUUCUUUUUGUCCCUGGACGACGUCGCUCCUAAGAAUAUUGAAGAAAAUGGAUCUUUCACAAUGACGGGCAAUGGUUUCAACAGGUGGUUUGACAAAUCCAUCCAAUUCUCUGCCUUCGGUAACGGCAAGGUCGGAACAAACGUAGAACAUGCCAGCGUGGAUGCCACAUUACCGGGGCGAAUGUGGGAGUAUUUUCUUAAGAGUGAGAAGUACGUGGAGGACGGAGGAAUCAUCCGAGAGAAAUCCAAGCGAACACUCCCCAAACCUCAGAGAUUGGAGUGGGAUCUCCAUGACUUUGAGAAAGAUAUAGACCAAGCUUACAACAACUUCCAGAGACUGGCAGGAGACUUUGAGUUGAUUGUUACCUCCCCUGACUAUGGUAAAGGCUUCAUUAAGAAGAAGAGAAUGAGCCCUGAUGGCUUCAUCCAGAUGGCUCUCCAGUUGGCCUACUACAAACUCUACAACAAAACUCCCAAGACAUAUGAGUCAGCAUCCACAAGAAUGUUCUGUGCAGGUAGAACUGAGACGAUCCGACCAGUUUCGGAUUUUUCCGUCCAGUGGGUCAAGAGCAUGUUCCACGAACGUGCCACGCGAGACCAGCGUAUCAUGUUGCUCCGGAGAGCUGUACAAUACCAGACCCAAGUCAAGAUUGAUGCCAGUUUGGGGAUGGGCUGGGAUCGACAUUUGUUCGGGAUGUAUGUGGCAUCUCGUGAGCUGAAGAUGCCUUUGCCAGUGUUAUUCCAGGAUAAGAGUUUCUGGAUGCAGGAUGCCCUGAGCACGUCACAGACACCAACUCGUUAUGCAGAUGGCUGGACCCUGGAGAACUGCUGCAUGGGUGGCGGGUUCAUGGCCGUAGACUCUGAGGGUUAUGGGGUCUCGUACAUGAUCUAUGGAGAGGACCACAUAAAAUUCCAUGUGACAUCACACAAAACUUGUGACAAGACAUCAUCCACCAAGCUAGCAGACGCCAUCGUGGAAUCCAUGAACGAUAUGAAGGAUCUCCUGUCGUAACAGAUGAGGGAUAUUCCACGACUGGCCAGGGUGCACAUGAUCAAUGCAAUUCACAAAUCUGUCAUGAACUUUGGUACUUUUUUCUUUUUGUGAUAUUAAUCUCUGGAGGAUGUGUGUAGAAAACUUUGUAUUCUUUCAUUACCUUUCACUUACAGCUUACAUCCUGUGUAUUUGUCAUUAUUAAUCUGAAUUAGUUUAUCUGUUCAGAUUUUUUAUGUUACUAGCCUAAGUAUACAGUGUAAGUAUGCUGGAUAAAAUCUGUAUUUUAUGCAUGUGUAGCAUCCUCUGCUCAGAUCUGACCACCGGACAGCAUCUCUGUGUCCAGUCUCCAUGGGUCUGUGAUGGAGGGUAGACAAAGGGGAAAAGAAUGUACAUAUAGCUGAUGUAAACUAGAUAUGUAAAAUAGUUUAUACUCCAUGUAUCAUCAGACUGAAUGGGAAAUAAUGAUAUAUUCAAUGUUUUAACUUGCUGUCUCACAGAAAACAGAAUUUAUUUUUUGUUGACAUUGUUUGGGUGAUCUUCGGGUGACUAUACUGUUUUGAUUUCUAUGUUUGUUUAGAUUCACAUGAAUGUAUUGCACAGUUUUUAUACAUGUAUGAUAUUAAAGUCACUGCUUUUUGCUUUUAGGAUGACAGACACCAUAUUCUUACUCUAUCAUUAACAGAUAUUUUUUUUAACUUCAGCCAAGUAACAUUUUAGCUAUUUGUGAUAGUUUUUUAUGUCAUCUCGAGAUUUUAAUCUGUAUUUUAUGAAUAUUUUCCUGUCAACAUCUUGAAUCACUAGGAAAACAACUUGUGCUGUUUUAUUUUUUCCAUCAGCUUUUAAAAUGACAUUUUUUUAUGACUGUGUUCGUUUUAUAAUGAUGUCGUUGAGUUCAUGGUAGUUGCAAUCUCCAUUGUAUUAUUACUUGUUUUCAUGAAUUCAUCAUAUUUAUUUAGUAAUAAUGUCGUAUUUUGCAUACACUAUGCCAAAAUAGUAGUCAGGAUUUUGACACAUGGGGCACGAGCUGAGGGCAAGUGCAUUAUAUGUCAAAACCCCGACUUCUAUUUUAGCAUACAGUAAAGCAUGCUUAUAGUGAAAUGCUGGGGAUAAACAAUUUUGAUUCGUUAUAAACGUAUUUCAUUAUAUCCAAUAAGUUGAUAAUAUGUUUUAAAACUACAGGGAAUGAAAAUCACUUCACUGUAGGUGUGAAUUCAUUAUAAAUGUGCUUGCUGUAACUGUGUUUUACUGUAGUGCAUGCAAAAUGUAACAUUAUUAUAAUUUUGUGCUGACUCUCAACAUUUUUUUCUUCAGAAUGUUUGGUACUUACGUUUAUGAAGGAAACAGUGAUCACUCUGAAUGUGUUUGUGUUUCCAGUCAUGAUUGAUGCGGAUAUUUUAAAUGUGUAUCGAUUAGUUUGUUAUUAUUUUAUUUGAAUUUUUUUUUUAGUGGUAAUCAAAUAUUUGACAAAUUUUCCUUAUAACGGUUAUAUUAGUGGUAAUUUUAAUUGAUAUGUUUAAUUUAUCCGCAUUUAGUAUAGGUCUCUGACCUAAUGGAUAGCAUGUUCGCUUAGCAAGGGAGAGGCCCUGGGGUGAAGUUCGCAGAUUGGCUACAAUUUCUCAAAAAGAAAAUGGUUCACAUUAUUUUGCCGGUGCUCUAUGUGAAAAUAGUAGGGUAUUGAAUCUAACAGGAAGCAUGAUAAUAACACAUAAUGCUUAUUGAUGAGCAGUAUUAUAGAAGAGAUUGCUUGAUAAGGGAUUUAUCUUUCUUCUUAUGAAAGCUGUCACGUGCUACACAUUCUCCUAUUGUGGAUAUCAUGCACACGUCUUCUUGCUUGGUAGGCAUUUCUCUGGUAAGAGUUAUCUUUCUUGAUGUGAAAUACUGUUAAGAUAUACACCCAUUCGUCCCGGUGUGAUAAUUUAUUGUCUAAUUCGUUAUGUUUUGUAAUAACUCACUUUACCUGGUAGCUCUGGUAUAGUACUGUUUUUUUCUCUGUUUGUUUCCGAAUUUAUGUCAUAUGAAAUAAAGUCGGCAUGCUUUCUAUAA